AUGGCUAGCGACGUGAUAAAUCCGCUGUCCAAAACCUGGGUACGCCUUCAAAUUGAACCAGUCGAGGUAGCUACCGACGAGGGUGGUCUCGUGUUCUCAUCGGUGCAGUCUGUUGUUCCCGGAGCACAUGGAUUGUACUAUCGUCAAAAUGGUCAACGACGACCGCUUGACUAUGAUACAAACACGGGUAGAAUUCUUGCGCCAGCCAGCGGAUGGAACGCCCAAGAUAUCUACAUUCACCUUGCUCAUGGUAGCAAACACGGGUCUCACUAUGCGGACUACAGCAAAGCCUCUCAACAAUUCGAGAAAAACGUCGCCGCCGUUCAAAAGCUGAUUGCGGCUGCUGGCCUUACAUACGGUCACAAGACCCCACGUGCCGAGAAGACAACUCGUACCAGUUCACGUACCAGAGGCGUAAAAAGCGGCUUCGAAGCACAGCCGGAGAACGUGCACAUUAGUGACGAGAGCGACAACAACACCGUCAACCAGCUCGUCGAACAAAAGAACAGAGAGAUCGAGAAAUUGUUGGAUGCGAAUGAAGAACUCAAGUUGAGACUGAAAGAGCUCAAGGCUGAGCUGCGAGAAGAAAUGCGCAACAACAUUGAACUUCAGCGAACUGUUGAAAAACCUGAAGAAAAAGACACUGAUCAACCCGUUCAAUCCUCUACGGGACAUGGAGAUGAAAAUGUGGACAUCCAAGAACAAAGAGACGCUCUCGAGAAGGCAAAGUUGAUAAUAAUUGAAAAAGACGAAGAGCUAAAGAAGAAGACGGAAGAAAUUGCUCAACUUCGUGCACGGCUUGGAGAAACAGAUCAGACUGUUAUUGUGCCGUCAGGGGAUACCGACGAGAGAGUGGCAUCGCUAGAAAAGAAGAUCGCAGAGCUUGUGGAUGAAAAAGCUCAAGUGGUUGAAGCUAUCCAAGCCGAACAAUUAACUGUGGUCACCGAGAAAGAUAAGCACAUUUCACAGCUUGUUGAGGAACUCGAAACAGCCAACAACGACCUUCGUGAUGCCAGAAAUCGGAUCCAAGAACUAGGAGAGAAAGAAGAAGAAAUCAACAAUCUCCACAACGUUAUUGCCGAUCUUCGAGCGAACCUUGCCACAGCAAAAAAAGAGAAGGAGGAAAGCGAAUGGCAUCUUGGAGAGCACAAAGAAUGGUUGAGCAAUUCCAAAGAAAAAGUUGCAUACCUAGAAAAUCAACUAAGCCUUCUUAGUAGCGAUCCGGAACGACUUGCACCACCACCGCCAAGCUCUCCAAAAAUGCGUUCAGGAACUGAAACAGCGGAUGAGUCGGCUAAGGCGCAAAUUAGAUCACUGGAAACUAAACUACAGUUGGCCAAUCAAUCGUUCAGAAAUAGUGAAGCAGAAAGACAGAAAUGCGAGCAGAUCAGCAGGGACACAAUGAAACGCAUCGUACAACUCGAGAAUGAAAACGGUCGUCUCCAAGGGAUCAAUGAAGAAUUGACAACAAAACUUCAGGAUUCGGCAAGCGCGCAAGUGUUAGAAGAGAAAGAUGCUCGUAUUCGCGAUCUGGCUGACGAGCGCAGUCGACUUCAAUGGAGAAUCGGCGAACUUAGCCAGUGGUGGAGUGAUGCCAAAUGGAAAAUCGGAGAGUUGGAAGCCGGUGUGGCUCAUCAACGACAUUUGCUUGACACAGCGAACACUAAAAUCCAGAGUUUGAAUGAACAACUCGUCUCAGCUUUAAGGACACCACAAACCUCCAGCACUUACAUGCUGCCAUCAUAUUCAGUUAGUCAAGCAUAUCCAGGACAAUGGCAUCUUGCAAACAACUGCUUCGCACCACCAACAAUCUCUGCACCAACGCCUUUCUAUACUACACAACUCACUCCAUAUGAAACAAAAAGAGUGAAACUCGAAAUUGAUAUUGGUUCUUCACAAGACGUCUUCGUUAUGGGCUCGUUUCUUAACUGGCAAUGCGCAUUGAAAUGCGAUCCUAUCGGGGAGGGUAAAAAAGGAAUAACCGUUGAUUUACCCAGAGGAAGACACGAAUUCCGAUUCCUUAUCGACGGGAAAUGGGUAACGUCGUCUUUGUAUACGAAAGUACCCAACGGGUUCGGUGGAGACAACAACCUGCUGUGGGUCGAAUAA